GUAUCUGACAGAUGGAUGCCAGAUGAGACAGAUACAUCUCACUUGCUCUGUGCCACGGACCCUUGCCCACUGCAGCUGUCCACUGUCCUGCCCGAGAGAGCCGAGGGGGCCGGGGCUGCCAGCCAGCAGCUGAGAACAGUCUCUAAUCUGAUAAAGAUUUUCAUUUACACUGCAAUCAAUAACCCGGGUCUAUCGACAAUGACCUGGGUAAAUACAGCAGGACCUGGACGAGACCCGUGGAGCUCGUGCACCGCAGCCUUCAGGGCGAGGUGCAGUCAGCAUCAACCUGCUUUACAUUUAUACAGGAGAUUGAAGAUGCAAGAUGAUUGGGAAGAAGAGGAGCAACUUGUUGUGGUCGAGCUCUCUGGAAUAAUCGACAAUGAGUUUCUAACCAAGUGUCAGGGAACUUGCAAGAUACUGGAUAUUGAUAGCGAGAACCCUAUGAUGCAAGUCGGACAAUAUGUUUUUACAGGGGAGUAUGAAGAUGCAUUGGGAACGUGUGUGCUAUUCAAGGAGGGGCCACAAAAAGGAAAAGCAGCCAGUGCUCCAGAGCUAAAGUAUAUGUGCCACACUGUAAAGAAGCUGAUGAUGCAACGAAUCUUCCUGACUGAGAAGAAAGAAGGUAGUGGCGAUAGUGAUACGCAAGCUAUCACCUGUCAGUCCAGUCAAGAAACAGAUGCGGACCAACAAAGAAAGAUAGACGAUGAGAUGGGCAACACAGACUUGGAUGCCUCGAAGACGAGUAGACACAAACAUUUACGGUGUUUGUACAUACUCAGGAUGGAGCUACGGCCACUCCUCAUGUGCUUUGCUCUCUGUGUGGUUUACGCCACCAGCAAACCCACAGAGAAGAAGGACCGGGUUCACCACGACGAACCCCUCAGCAACCGAGAACACGAUGACGCAGAGAACUUUGACUAUGACCAUGAAGCCUUUCUCGGACAAGAGGAAGCCAAGUCUUUUGACCAGCUCACACCAGAGGAGAGCAAGGAGAGGCUUGGUAUGCUGGUUGAACGCAUCGAUGAUGACAAGGAUGGCUACGUGACAGUUGAAGAAAUGAAAAAGUGGAUCAAACACGCUCAGAAGAGGUGGAUCUAUGAUGACCGGGACAGACAAUGGAAGAGUCAUGAUCUUAAUGGGGAUCAAGUGGUGUCCUGGGAAGAGUACAAGAACGCCACAUAUGGAUACAUUCUUGAUGACCCCGAUCCUGAUGAUGGUUUCAGCUACAGACAGAUGAUGGCUCGGGAUGAAAGGAGAUUCAAAAUGGCUGACCAAGAUAAUGACAUGAAAGCCAACAAGGAGGAGUUCACGGCCUUCCUUCAUCCAGAGGAGUAUGACCAUAUGAAAGACAUUGUUGUGCUGGAAACUAUGGAAGACAUUGACAAGAAUGGAGAUGGUUUAAUUGACCUUGAUGAGUACAUAGGUGACAUGUACAACCAAGAGGGAGAUGCUACAGAACCUGAGUGGGUGAAGACAGAGAGAGAACAGUUUACUGAAUUCAGGGACAAAAACAAAGACGGGAAGAUGGACAAGGAGGAGACCAGAGACUGGAUCCUGCCCAGUGACUAUGAUCAUGCUGAAGCUGAGGCCAGACACCUCGUCUAUGAGUCAGAUACAGACAAAGAUGGCCGUCUGACUAAAGCAGAAAUCGUGGAAAAAUAUGACUUGUUUGUAGGCAGCCAGGCAACCGACUUCGGGGAGGCUCUGACUCGACAUGAUGAGUUCUAACGUCCACCUCCCUCCAAAGACUAUGAAUUCAUCCUGUGUUUACCACCUUACUCCUCUGACAGUGUCUGGAGUAUGUCUGACGAGAUAAACUCACCUUAUCCAACAGCCACGGACAGUAAUUUAUUUAAUUUCUUGAAUGUGUUGCAUUGUACACACACUAACAUUGUAAGUCAUGAGCGCAUACCGUGUGUGCCCAUGCUCAGUUGUGUAGGAUUGGACUAUAUUACCAGCCUUUUUGCCCUGCUUCCACACACUAUGCUAAGUGCAAACAGUGUUAACUUUUUCCUCUUUGACACAACGAUUUUAUAACGUAGCCAUGCUUUCUUAAAAGCCCUUGAUAGAACAAGCUUGCAUUAUACAGAACACUUUGUGUAUUUUUUUUUAGGUUUGUAAUGCACUGGACUGAGAGGAGUCAAGCUGUUUUCAGGCCCUUAGAACUUGUGCAGCUCCUCUGUCUGAUCACGUUUCCAGGCCCGAACGUAAAGUGCUAGUUGCUGAUGGAUCAUUUGAUCAUUUAUAUUGGUAAUGCUGGAGUAUAAGAUGUUGAGAUUGAAAUAUUACUAUUAAACAGAAUUACAGUGAAGACCAGUCGGACAAGUGCAAUACAGUGUCAUCGGUGGGACAACACUGUUUGCUCUAUCAAAUGCUUUGUCCUCGAAGCUGCCUCCUUGUUUGUUCCUCUAUGUUUGUGCCUAUGAGUAAGUCUCCGUGUGUACAUUAUAAUGCUUGUAUUUUGGAUGACUGAUUUGCUCCCUGUUAUUUUUAAUUUUUAUAUUUUCAGUUGAACUACAAACUUGUGUGCUAAGCAAAACAUUUUAAGCAACUGGGGAAAAGAAGUGUUCUCCUCUUUAAUACGUUUAUUAUUCCUGCAUUAUCACUACCACCAUUUAUAACCACUGUUGAUAGUUUUUACGGUAUACUACCGCAUAUAUGAUAAUGUUUUUACAGUCUCCCUGCAGCAACAAGCCUUUCACUAGUGACUUUACUGUACAUACGUUGUUGGUCUGCACAUUGAGCACUCUAACAAUCAGGACUAGAUUUUGUGAUUGGGAAGAAUGUCUCAAUAAAAACAACCCAAAAUCUA